AUGGAGAACGUGACGAUCCCCAGCGGUGCGCUGCCAGCCUGCAACGACUCUGCGGACUUCUACUCGUUCGCGUCGGGGAACCGCACCGACCUGAACUGCACACCCCCCCCUGAGUUUUACAACGCUGACCUUUACGUCAUUUUGCCGGUCAUCUACUCGGUAAUCUGCGCCGUGGGACUGACGGGCAACACGGCCGUCAUCUACGUGAUCCUCAAAGCCCCCAAGAUGAAAACAGUGACCAACAUGUUCAUCCUGAACCUGGCCAUCGCUGACGAUUUGUUCACUUUGGUGUUGCCGAUCAACAUAGCCGAACACCUGCUGCACUACUGGCCUUUCGGGGAGGUUUUGUGCAAAGUCAUCCUGAGCAUAGACCACUACAACAUCUUCUCCAGCAUCUACUUCCUGACAGUUAUGAGUGUUGACCGCUACCUGGUGGUUUUGGCCACGGUGCGGUCCAAGCGCAUGCCUUACCGCACCUACCGAGCAGCCAAAAUUAUCUCACUGUGCGUCUGGAUCCUCGUCAUCCUCAUCGUCAUGCCUUUCACCGUCUUCGCCGGCGUCUACGUCAGCCCGAACGAUGGGAGGAAGAGCUGCGUGCUCAGCUUCCCCAGCCCCGAGAGUCUGUGGUUCAAAGCGAGCCGGAUAUACACGCUCAUCCUGGGCUUCGCCAUCCCGGUCUCGACCAUCUGCAUUUUAUACACCAUGAUGCUCUACAAGCUGAGGAACAUGCGGCUCAACAGCAACGCCAAGGCGCUGGACAAGGCCAAGAAGAAAGUCACCAUCAUGGUGUUCAUCGUGUUGGCUGUGUGUCUGUUCUGCUGGACGCCGUUCCAUCUCAGCACCAUCGUGGCUCUGACGACGGACCUGAGGACCACGCCGCUGCUGAUCGGGAUCUCCUACUUCAUAACCAGCCUGAGCUACGCCAACUCCUGCCUCAACCCGUUCCUCUACGCCUUCCUGGACGACAGCUUCAGGAAAGCCUUCAAGAAGAUGUUGGAAUGUAGACCGGCCUGA